AUGAUCUGCGGUACUGAUGUUAAGACAAAGGCUGAGAGGCCGGAAACAAAGCUAGGAGGAAAUCGAGCUGCGCUUUUUGUAUACGCUACGGAGGGACUGGAGAACAUGGCGUUCAUCACCAAUGCUGUGAGCCUUGUAACAUAUUUUUAUGGGUACAUGAAUUUCAGCAUAACAAAAUCUGCCACUACGCUCACAAACUUCAUGGGGACUGCAUUCUUGCUCCCACUCGUUGGUGGUUUCAUAUGUGAUACCUAUUUGUCAAGAUUUAAGACUUGUGUGAUAUUUGCAUUCAUAGAAUUGUUGGGAUAUGCCCUCCUAGCAGUACAAGCACAUCUUCACCAACUAAGACCCUUGCCGUGCAAAGGUGGUGGAUUAAGCGGACAGGACAAAUGCGAGGCCGCAGACACCAGUCAUGUAGCUAUCCUUUUUACUGGUUUAUACAUGGUUGCACUCGGAACUGGCGGGGUAAAGGCGGCGUUGCCAUCCUUGGGAGCAGACCAAUUCGACGAUAAGAACCCUAAGGAAGCAGCUCAAUUGUCGAGCUUCUUUAACUGGUUCUUGUUUAGCCUCACCAUUGGAGCUAUGAUUGGGGUGACUUUCAUAGUAUGGAUAACCACCAACCAAGGCUGGGACUGGGGCUUUGGCAUCUGCACUAUUGCGAUAUUAUUUGCAUUGGUUUUCGUCUGCAUGGGCAAGUCAUUGUAUCGGAAUAAUGUGCCCAAGGGAAGCCCCCUAGUUCGAAUUCUACAGGUAUUUGUGGCUGCCAUUCGAAACCGAAAACUUCCAUAUCCAGAGAAUGCAGGGGAUUUACUAGAGAUUCAUGACAAAGGAACAAAUAUGCAUGAUGAAAUCUUGGAGAGAACAGAACAAUUUAGAUUCUUUGAUAGGGCAGCAAUCAUUAGAAGUAACAAUGAUUCAUCAAUAGAAACCAGGCAAUUAGAGUCCAACUGGAGCUUGUGCACAAUGACACAAGUUGAAGAAACAAAGAUUCUGAUCCGCAUGCUACCAAUUAUACUUAGCACUGUAUUCAUGAACACAUGUUUGGCUCAACUUCAAACUUUCUCAAUCCAACAAAGCACAACUCUGGAUCCCUAUAUCCUGGGCUUUAAAGUGCCCGGCCCCUCAAUCCCAGUGAUCCCCCUACUGUUCAUGUUCAUGCUUAUUCCAAUAUACGACAGGGUGUUUGUCCCACUAGCAAGAAAAAUCACAGGAAUACCCACUGGAAUUCGACACCUACAACGAAUUGGCAUUGGGUUAGUGUUGUCAGCAAUUUCCAUGGCGGUUGCUGGCAUUGUGGAGACCCGCCGCAAGUCAGUGGCUAUCCAACAUAACAUGGUUGAUAGCAUUGAACCUCUACCAAUGACUGUGUUUUGGCUGGGGUUCCAAUAUGCCAUAUUUGGUGCUGCAGAUAUGUUUACCCUAGUUGGAAUACUAGAGUUUUUCUAUGCAGAGAGCUCAGCAGGCAUGAAGUCACUCAGCACAGCCAUUUCAUGGUGCUCAUUGGCAUUUGGGUACUUCCUGAGCACAGUGGUGGUGGAGGUGGUGAACAAGGUGAGUGGUGGUUGGUUGGCUAAUAACAAUCUGAACAGAGAUAAUUUGAACUACUUCUACUGGUUAUUGUCAGGGAUUAGUGUGGUAAACUUUGGGGUUUAUUUGGUGUGUGCAUCUUGGUAUAAAUACAAAAAGGUGGAAAUGAAGCAAAGUGAUGCUGAGGGAAAGCUUGAAAUGGCUGGAGUUUAG